AUGGUCGAACUGGAGAAGGAUGUGCUCCCGCUGCCACCUCGGUACCGGUUCCGAGACCUGUUGCUUGGGGACUGGCAGACCGACGACAGGGUGCAGGUAGAGUUCUAUGUGAAUGAGAACACUUUCAAGGAGCGCCUCAAGCUGUUCUUCAUCAAAAACCAAAGAUCCAGUCUACGUGUGCGCAUGUUCAACUUUGCUCUGAAAGUGCUGAGCUGCCUCCUCUAUAUUGUCAGAGUCUUGUUGGACAACCCGCAAGAGGGGAGACAGGACUGUUUAAGUGGAGUGAACUGCACUAGACAAAACACAUCAUCCCGCCCUUGGAGUGAGUUUGACUGGAAACUGAUCAUCUGGGUGGAUAGACCUCUACCGCUGUGGGCACUGCAGGUGCUCGUGGCUUUCAUCAGCUUUUCAGAAACUAUGUUGCUUGUGUAUCUCAGCUACAAGGGUAACGUUUGGGAGCAAGUCUUACGUGUCCCCUUCAUUCUGGAGAUGAUCAGCGCCAUUCCUUUCAUGAUCACUGUGAUUCUACCCUCCUUCAGAAAUCUCUUCAUUCCUGUAUUUCUCAAUUGCUGGCUGGCCAAACAUGCUCUGGAGAACAUGAUAAAUGAUCUCCACAGAGCGAUCCAGCGGACGCACUCAGCCAUGUUUAACCAGGUGGUGAUUCUCAUCAGCACACUGGUGUGUCUCAUGUUCACAUGCAUCUGCGGUAUCCAGCACCUGGAACGAGCGGGGAACAACCUGACCCUGUUUGACUCCCUCUACUUCUGCGUGGUCACUUUUUCCACAGUGGGCUUCGGUGAUGUCACCCCUCAAAUCUGGCCCUCGCAGCUCUUAGUGGUCAUUAUGAUCUUUGUGGCGCUCAUCGUUCUUCCAAUCCAGUUCGAGCAGCUGGCCUUUCUGUGGAUGGAGCGGCAGAAAUCUGGGGGGAACUACAGCCGCUACCGGGCGCAGACAGAGAAACACGUGGUGCUGUGUGUCAGCUGUCUCAAGAUCGACCUCCUCAUGGACUUCCUCAAUGAGUUUUUUGCACAUCCCCGACUACAGGACUACUAUGUGGUGAUCCUUUGCCCAGCAGAGAUGGAUGUUCAGGUUAGGAGGGUGCUUCAUGUGCCUCUGUGGGCACAGAGAGUCAUCUAUCUGCAGGGGUCUGCCCUCAAAGACCAAGACCUGAUGAGGGCCAAGAUGGACGAUGCUGAGGCCUGCUUUAUCCUCAGUAACCGGUUUGAAGUGGACCGCAUUGCUGCAGAUCAUCAGACCAUCCUGCGCGCCUGGGCGGUGAAAGACUUUGCUCCAAAUUGCCCGCUGUAUGUCCAGAUUCUCAAGCCAGAAAACAAGUUUCACGUCAAAUUUGCAGAUCAUGUGGUGUGUGAAGAGGAGUUUAAGUAUGCCAUGCUGGCUUUAAACUGUGUGUGCCCUGGUACCUCAACACUUAUCACGCUAUUGAUCCACUCCUCCAGGGGACAAACUGCACCCCAAGAGGGCUUCAAGCAACGUGUAGGAGCCUUCCAAGCCCUCAACAGGGAGGGCGGUGCAUGUUCAGCUGACCAGUGGCACAGGACUUAUCGACGCUGCUCAGCCAAUGAGGUGCAUCACAUCCGCCUAGAGGAAAGUAAAUUCUUUGGGGAAUACCAGGGCAAGAGUUUCACCUUUGCCUCCUUUCAUGCUCACAAAAAGUAUGGAGUAUGUCUGAUCGGAGUACGCAGAUUGGACACCACCAACAUCCUGCUGAACCCUGGUCCAUGCCACAUAAUGGGGGCCUCUGACACAUGCUUUUACAUCAACAUUUCUAAGGAGGAGAAUUCAGCAUUUGUCAGGGGUCAGAGGGAACCAUCGUGGGGUGGAACAGGAGGAAAUGCCAGGGGUGUACACCAAACUAUUUACCACGGAUUGACCCGCCUGCCAGUACACAGUAUAAUCGCCAGCAUGGGCACAGUAGCCAUUGACCUGCAGGACUCCAGCGACAGCAGCCCAGAAGGCCAGGAUCCAGGCAGCACUGGGCUGAACAGUGCAAGAGGAAGCAGGAGCAGCUCCAGGACGGAGAUGAGUGGUGCUAAUACUUUGGCCCUGCCUGUGAUGGGAGAGACAGGAGAGGAGAGGCGGCACAGCAUUGCUCCUGUCCUGGAGCUGGUGGAUGGUGUCAAUAACCCUGCUUUUGACCUGCUGGGGGACCAGUCAGAGGAUGAGGGAGGCGAGGAGGGAAAGGAGGACAGUGACAGGGAUGAGAGCGCCCACUGGUGGGGUCGACAUUGCGAGUGGGUGAAGGGAUAUCCGCUGAACUCACCGUACAUCGGCAGCUCGCCCACACUUUGCCACCUUCUUCAAGAAAAGAUGCCUUUCUGCUGCCUGCGCAUGGACAAGGCGUGUCACCACACCUUUUUUGAGGAUGCUCGCUCCUAUGGCUUCAAAAAUAAACUGAUCAUUGUGUCGGCGGAGAGUGCAGGGAACGGUCUGUACAACUUCAUUGUGCCUCUACGGGCGUACUACAGACCCAGGAAGGAGCUCAACCCAAUUGUUCUGCUGCUGGAAAGCAUACCUGAAGUGGACUUCCUGGAGGCAAUCUGUUGGUUCCCCAUGGUUUUCUACACAGUGGGCUCCAUUGACAAUCUGGACAGUUUGCUGCGAUGUGGAGUGACAUUUGCUGACACCAUGGUUGUUGUUGACAAGGAGAGCUCCAUGAUUGCAGAAGAGGAUUACAUGGCUGAUGCAAAGACUAUUGUCAACGUCCAGACUCUCUUCAGACUGUUUCCAGCUCUUAGUAUCAUCACAGAGCUCACCCACCCAGCCAACAUGCGCUUUAUGCAGUUCAAAGUCAAAGACCACUACUCUCUGGCUCUGUCCAAACUGGAAAAGAAGGAAAGGGAGAAGGGGUCCAACCUGGUCUUCAUGUUCCGCUUGCCCUUUGCUGCUGGGAAAGUGUUCAGUGUUAGCAUGCUGGACACUCUCCUCUACCAGUCAUUUGUGAAGGACUACAUGAUCUCCAUCACCAGGCUGCUGCUGGGUUUAGACUCCAUGCCCGGCUCUGGUUUCCUCUGUGCUAUGAAGAUCACAGAGGACGACCUGUGGAUCCGUACCUACGGCAGGCUCUAUCAAAAACUGUGCUCCUCCAGUGGAGACAUUCCCAUUGGCAUCUACAGGACAGAGGCGCAUAAACUUCCUGUUUCUGAGUCACAGGUGUCCAUCACGGUGGAAGACUAUGAGGACACCAGGGAACCCAGGGAGCCUCUGUUGUCCCGCUCUGGUGCACAUCGUAACUCCACCUCCUCUGAGCCCAUCUCCACCUCCUCCCACUCGUCAGACCACCCGCUGCUCAGGAGGAAAAGCAUGCAGUGGGCACGGCGGCUGAGCAGGAAGGGGGGUCGGGGCUCCAGUGCGGCAAAGGGGGGUCCGGGCAGUGCCGCUGAGAGGAUCAGCCAGCAGAGACUGACCCUGUUCAGACGUUCAGAGAGGCAAGAACUCAACGCUUUGGUGCGGACCAGGAUGAAACACUUGGGCCUUUCUCCUACUGGAUUCAAUGGGAUGACAGACCAAGGGAACAGACUGUCGUAUAUCCUGAUCAACCCUUCUCCAGACACCAGACUGGAGCUGCAUGAUGUUGUAUACCUGAUCAGACCAGACCCUCUCUCUUUGGUACCAAAUCAGGGCAGCAGCAGGAAGUGCGGCGCCGGGCUAUCAGAGAGUCACAGAUUUGAUACACAGGACAGUACCCACCUGUGAGAGACCAUAAGAGACAAAUAUAUACUGUCAUUACACUGCCAUUAAGAAAGGACAAACACAAACGCACCCAUGAGAAAGAGGCAGAGAUCAGGAAAUGGGGAGAUGCAAAGCAGCGCAUGGGCCUCAUAUUUUCUCUGCAUUCAGUGUCUGUGAACUCAGAGGUGCCGGACAUGCAUGGACUUUUUCUAUAACACUGGGAAUGUUUUAUUUAUGCACCUUCCUAUUUGCAAAGUGGAGAGCUGCGGACCCAGAAGUGCAUUUAAUGAAGAGCUGUAUGUAUUUAUAUCUGUGUAUGUGCAUGUUAUGUACUGCAUCAUGUAUGUGCAGUGUGUGGUUGUGUGUGUGUGUGUGUAUGAGUGAGUGUAUGUGUGCUUAUGGAUCAAGAGCAAGACACUGCCAGUUUUAAUCCGGACAGCCAAAGAAAUCUGCUGCCAAAUGAAGGUCGACUGAUGUUAUUUUUGUGUCCUUCUCUGUGUUGUUGAUACGUUUUGUCAUAAUGUUGUUCAGCGUAUUUUAAAGGGAUCAUAUGGUUUACACAUCCUGUAAGGUUCUGGUCUCUUUUUUUUUUUUUUUGAUCCUCAUGAAGGCCUUUUUAGUUUUUAACCUGUUACCCACAUGUUCUACACUCACCAGCAGGUCGAUCUCAGUGAUGGAGAGCAGUACAGAGACGGAGCAAACCAUCAGUACAGGGCGUUUUGUCUUCAGUGUUUCAUUGUCUUCAGUUUGUUGAACAAAAACUUUUUUUUUGUUGUUGCUUGAAGCCCUCAAUGCUUUGUUGGUCUUUGUUGAUACCAGCUCACUUUUGCUAACAUGCAUGUUGAAGAUGCAGGUGAUGGAAAAACAGCAGUAAAUUUAACAUUUUGUUCUGCCUUCCAUCACAAUAUCCUUAAAACAAAGUUUCAAACUAAACAUAAUCUGUAUUAACAUACUGCAUAAAUAUCAACCUUUUCAAGUAAUCAGUUUACUGGUUAAGAAUGAAAAUAUAGUAUAUGUUAUUUCAGUUUUUUGGCAGGAAAAAAAACUGUUAUUCAACAAGAAGCUGAUGUUCCAUUGAGUUUAGAUCAUUAAGCUUGUUUUUUUUAGUCUAUCCUUUAUUUAAAGAGUUAUUAAAAUGACAUUUUAAUCCGCUUUAUUAAAUAUCUUGUUUGGGAAGACUUUUAUGUUGUUUGAUUACCAAGGAACUAAAAUUUGUACACUGUCAGAUAUUUGUGCCAUCUCAUACAGAAAUGGUGCAGCCAUGUUGCAGGAAUGCUAACCGGCA